AUGGACGAAAGCCACAAGGACUCGAGCCAGUUCUGCGACUUACUAAGGUUGAAAAACCCGCACUCGUGCGCAGCCUUUGACCUCAGCGCGCAGCUCGGUGACGGCCGGCGAUCCGCGCUCAUCGUAGUUGACGUUCAGCGCUGUUGGUACUCAGACAGCCCAGGUGGCCUCGCGAGGGCUGCCUUCCCUCUUCUGCCAGACCGGACAGCAGCCCUGCUCACAACUGCGCGGCUUCACGAUGUGCGUGUCGUCCACGUGCGUGCGAACUAUGAGCGAUCGCCGCACGUGGCCACGAUGCGCCGCCUCAACCCCUCACUCAACAGGGUGCCCAUCCUUCCAGAGCCAGAGGCGUGGGCCAAAGAGAUCGAGGGCGAGCUGGUGGUGAUGAAGUCGACCUUUGACGGCUUUUUCCGGACGGAGCUCGAGGCGUGCCUGUGCCGUUUGGGCGUGACGCGGGUCCUUGUUUGUGGCCUCAUCACCUCGGCGUGCGUGCUCAGUACCGCCCUCGGGGCCUUCCACCGCGGCUUCGACGUGCUGCUGGUCGAAGACUGCUGCGCGGACCGCUCUCUGGCGAGGCACCAAGCGACGGUUGCCAUGUAUGACCAAUAUUGCUUCCGCAGCGUGAGCACGCGUAGCAUCUGCGAGAUGCUGCCGCACAUGACGGGCCAAUCCGGAGCAGCGGCUACGACAAAAGCUGCAGGCAAGGCAGCGACGGAGGCAGUGGCAGCGCUUGAGGGAUCGCAGUUGCCUACUCGCUUCUGCCCCUCGCCGCUUACGGUGAGCUCCGAUGUGGACGAGGGCGAGGAGGUGGAGGAAUCGGAGGGCGAGGAUGUGGAGGCGGCGGCAGCGCCUGAACCGUUGCUAAAGCUGGACCUCGCAAAGGCGCUGCUUUCGCCUUCUGCCGCUUCCCCAAGGCUUCCGUGGCACGGUCAUUUUUAA